AUGCUCGGAUCUACUUCUCGCCUCGUCCUGGGGAUGCUCGGCUGCAUGGCUCUUUUGCCUAGUCAGGUUACAGCGGACCAUGUGCGCUAUGGUCGUCGUCACCACCAUCUAGCCACCCUCGCCCAAGGUUCUCCCACCGGACAGACCUUUGUGCCGGAGCCAUCCGCUGCCUCUGAAGUCGGCUCUUGUGGCUUUGACGGUGCGACUGCCGAGGCCACUACCGCAUAUGCCUCGGCCACUACCUAUGCCUAUGCGUCGGCCUCCGCCUCAGCUUAUGUCUCCGCCUCUGCCUCCGCCUCUGCAUCCGUCUCCGCAGUGUCAUUCAGCAACACCACCGCCAAGGUCAUCAUCCCCUUCUACGUCUAUCCCAACCCCGGCGCUUGGACCCCCAUGGAGGAACUAGUUGCUUCCUACCCCAACGUCCACUUCACCAUCAUCAUCAACCCCGACAGCGGUCCGGGCUCGACCACUCUCCCGGAUGCCAACUUCCUGUCCGCGGUCCCCAAACUCACCAGCUACAGCAACGUCCUGGCCAUCGGCUACGUUCCCACCCAGAAAGGCACCCGAGCCAUUGCCGAUGUUGAGAAAGACAUCAAGACCUAUGCCAACUGGCCUACCGCCUCGGGCAACUCGACUUUUGCCGUGCGCGGUAUCUUCCUCGAUGAAGCCCCGAACGCCUACAGCGCGGAACUGGUCUCAUACUACCAGCAACUUGCCACUCUAAUCAAGGGCAGUGAUGGCCUCGGACCGGAGAACUACGUCGUCACCAACCCCGGCACAGUCCCCGACUCCGCCUACCUCACCAUCCCCGACUCGACCGUCGUCUUCGAGUCUCCCUACGACUCUUUCAUGAGCGCCGUGUCCGCCAACACCUUCGCCAGUCUCAACGGCACCAACCACAGCACCAUGGCCUCCAUGGUCUACUCCGUCCCGGAUAGCGUGCACCUCCCCACCCUGAUCGGCCAGGUCGGUACCAUCUCCGACCAGAUCUUCCUGGGUAAUACCAGUACCUAUGAUGUGUACAGCACGUACAUGAACGAGGUGGUUUCUUUCUUGGCUACGGCUUAG